AUGCCGCCACGGCUUCCCAGUGCGAUGGCCUACGACAGCGAUGAUGUGCAAGAAGUUGCAUCUGAGGAGGAGGUUUUGGAACUCACUUCAGGUUCUGAAGUCGAUGCGGACGAAGAGGCGUAUUGGUUGGAUUCCACCGAGGUUUCGGAUGCUUCAAGUGAUUCUUGCGAGCUGCUUGAGACCGACCAGCACCCGCCGAUUGCACAAGCUUGCGAACCUGCACUAUCGUUUGAACACAGUGAUUUAUUGCAACACUGUUUGGACUACUGCAGUCAUGCUUGGCCAUCCCCUGAUGUUCAUGAGUCGCUGUUGCAUAGCAUGUUGGAUCCUGGCAGUCACCUUGCGCCGACACCAAGUGGCCUUUCGAGUGAAACGUUGAAGGACCCGGCAGACUUGUCAGCUCUUCCUUUUUCAGAUGGUUCGGACCAGGAAAGCUCAAAAGAAGCGUGCCUUCCGAAUGUCGGAAAUUCUUCUGACGCCAAAAACUUUCAAGCAGAUGGGAAUUUGGGACUCAGAGCAUCUGCCCUCAAUCCGCAGCUCACAUCCAAACAUGCCAAAAAAGCACACAUGCAGAGGCUUGUUCAUCAAGAAAUUGAGCGCAAGCGUUUGGAGGAAGUGUCCAAUGGAAAGGUUCAGAGUAUGCGACGUAGACAGGCUGAAGCGCUCCUGCCGGUUUUGGAAGACGUGGGGUACAGCUUGCAAGACGUCGAGUCCUUGCUGGAGAGUUGCGGUGAUGAGCCGCACAAGAUUCAGCUUGAAGUUGAUUCUCUUCUCGAGGUAUCAAAGAGCAAGAGCCAAACAUGGCUCACCAGCGUUACUCGGAAGCGGCAGCGGGAAACCGGCUUGAAAGAGCAACGGAAACAAGAGCUUGGAGUCCUGAAGUCCAAGUUUGGGGAUGUCAUGCGUGAAUUAGAAGGCCGAGAGGAGAACACCAUCCCCGAGGUGACACCAGAAGUUACUCCAUUGAAUCCACUCUGGAGUGAUGCAGCUGCAGACGAAAGUCGUCCCGAGCAUGUAGCAACAAACAGCAAGAGCGGGAUGCCAGAAGUGUCCAGCAUCAAGCACAUGAGCCGUGGCGAUUGCAGAAAGUUGCUCUGCCAGAUGAGGCCUUUGGUCCAUGCACCGGCAGCACUCUAUAAAGCUUUGGCAGCUCGGGCUGUGGAGGAAUAUGCCAGGUGUCGCACACCGCUCACAUUCCACGACAGCCGGCAGAUAACAUUUUGGCAAUUUGCUGGGUCGGAACGCUCAGGAUGCGGUCCCGACCGCUACGCUGGGAAAGCGUUCUUCGAUUACCUGAAUGAUCUUGAAGACAAGGCCAGUUUGUUGGGGAGGCUGCCAGAAAUUCAUCCAAUCUCAGCGGUGUACAUGCUGCAGACUAUAAUGGAAUCCAACAACGUUGUCAACUUUGUUUUCCAAGAGGUGGCUCGGUACGUGGCUGAGCAGAUUACAAGUUUGGACAGAGAUGCGUUGGGAAGAUUGGGCUACAUUUUUGCCAAGGCUGGUGUCAGAAACCCUGGCCUUUUCAGUGUGGUCAAGCAGGAGUGCAUACGUCGAUGCCAGUUAAAGGAGGGAGCAUCCAGCCUUUCUCCAAAGGUCAUCACCGACGUCAUGAUGGCUUUCUCCAUGGCCAAGAUAGUAGACGAUGAUUUGCUCGAGGCAUUGAUGUUGCGGGCAGUAUCGCUCAUGGAUUGCCCUUUACAGCAGGAGCUCAGUCCAGAGAUCUGUGCUCCUGCCACAAGCAGUUCGGGAAGCAGAAGCCCAGCAGCCGCUUUCUCAUUGCAGGACCUCGUGCACAUUUGCAAGUCACUGCUGGAUUUGCAUCGGGUUGACCGCGAGUUCUUCGAGGAUGUUGCUGACUAUGCCUGCCGCGCCUUGACUACCGCAAACGUCGCGCUGAGUGACUGGUUGGUGGGAAAUCCGAAUUCUACGCUGCCGCAGAUUGCCACUAUAUUUGCCAAGGCCGAAAUUCUGCAGUUGGAUCUCUUUUGCCAUUUGAAGACCGUCAUGAUGCGUCGAAAGGAGGAGAUGCGCCCGCAAAGUUUGAAGAAGUUCCAGCAUGCCUGCAAUUUGCACAAGAAUCAGCAGGAGAAGCAAGAACGUCAAAAGAGCCAGCCGCCCCAAAGGCGUCGAGGAGCCAUGGGCCGUGCUUACGUUGAGGACAAGCCCCCUGUCCAACAGCAGUCCCGCAGGGACAAGGCACGAUUGGAAAGGCAGCGGCUUGCAGCAAUGACGGAAGAAGAGGUUCUCAAAGAGAUUGAGGAAGCUGAGAAGCAUGCUGGCAUGAGUGCUUCAGCGAAGCUGCUUCUCAGUGGCUACAAAGUCGAAGCACUUUUGGAAGCACAAGAAGGGCCCAAGGAUGGGAAAAAGACCAAAAGUGAGAUCAUGGAAGCUUCAACUUCAAUCAGCAUCCGCUCUUUGGUGAAGGGCAAGAAGGCUCGCAACGAAGAGCUCAGUGCCUCAGCGAAAGCAGAGGCGCGUAAACACGCGAGGGGACGUAAAUGA